AUGGGCUCCAGACCAGACCUCAAGGUGGACGAUGAGGUCGGCUUCAUCAGGUUCUUCCGCGGCCUCCCCUCUCAAGGCGACGAUACAGUCCGGCUGUUCGACCGAGGCGAUUACUAUACGGCUCACGGCGAAGAUGCAUUGUUUGUUGCGCGCACAGUAUACCGCACCACAUCCGUCCUCCGCCAGCUCGGCCGCGAACCCGGGCUCGACUCCGUCACCCUCUCCGUCACCGUCUUCCGCAACUUCCUCCGGGAAGCGCUCUUCAGGCAAGGCAAGCGCGUAGAGAUAUGGGAGACAUCAGGCCGCAUGAACUGGAAAGUCACGAAGCAAGCAUCUCCGGGAAACCUGCAAGAUAUCGAGGACGAGCUGGGCGGACAGCUAGACUCGGCGCCCAUUAUCCUAGCUGUCAAGGUCUCCGCCAAAGCGUCUGAAGCACGGAACGUCGGCGUGUGUUUUGCAGAUGCAAGCGUGCGGGAACUUGGUGUCAGCGAGUUUCUGGAUAACGACCUGUACUCGAACUUCGAAUCGCUGCUUAUCCAGCUAGGCGUUAAGGAAUGUCUGAUCCAGGUCAACGCCUCCAAAAAAGAUGCGGAACUCGCUAAGCUACGGAGUAUCGCGGACAGUUGCGGUUGUGCCGUGUCAGAACGGUCUCAGGCAGAUUUUGGUACACGAGAUAUAGAGCAGGACCUGACCCGGCUGCUACGGGAUGAGCGUGCUGCAGGAACGCUGCCGCAGACCGACUUGAAACUGGCAAUGGGUUCAGCGGCAGCUCUAAUCAAGUACCUCGGCCUGAUGUCUGAUUCGUCAAAUUUUGGGCAGUACCAGCUAUAUCAGCACGACCUGUCUCAGUAUAUGAAGCUUGAUGCAUCAGCACUCAAAGCGUUGAAUCUCAUGCCGGGACCGCGCGACGGAUCGAAGAACAUGAGCUUGUACGGCCUGCUCAAUCACUGCAAAACACCUGUCGGAAGCCGGCUGCUAGCACAAUGGCUCAAGCAGCCGCUGAUGAACGUCGAGGAGAUCGAGAAGAGGCAACAGCUUGUUGAAGCAUUUGUCAUGGACACUGAGCUGCGGCAGACUAUGCAAGAGGAGCAUUUGCGGUCAAUACCAGACCUCUACCGCCUCGCGAAGAAGUUUCAGCGGAAAGUGGCCAACCUUGAGGACGUCGUAAGGGCGUACCAAGUAGCCAUCCGCUUACCUGGGUUUCUUGGGACCCUUGAAGCUGUCAUGGACGAGCAGUACAAAGACCCCCUCGAUGCAGCGUAUACUUCUAAAAUACGGGAGUACUCCGACAGCCUAGCCAAGCUCCAAGAGAUGGUUGAAACGACCGUCGACCUCGAUGCGCUCGACAACCACGAAUUCAUCAUCAAGCCCGAGUUCGAUGAGUCUCUCCGCGUGAUCCGCAAGCGCCUCGACAAGCUACGCCACGACAUGAACGUCGAACACACGCGCGCCGGCCGCGACCUAAACCAAGAUAUUGACAAGAAGCUCUUUCUCGAAAAUCACCGCGUGCACGGGUGGUGCUUCCGCCUCACGCGCAACGAGUCGAGCUGCAUCCGCAACAAGUCUGGCUACAGCGAAAUCUCCACCCAGAAAAACGGCGUCUACUUCACGACCUCCAGCCUUCAGGCCCUGCGCCGCGAUUUCGACCAGCUCUCCUCAAGCUACAACCGCACGCAGUCCGGGCUCGUCGCCGAAGUCGUCGCCGUCGCAUCCUCCUACGUACCCGUCCUUGAGAAACUCGCCGCCGUCCUCGCACACCUCGAUGUCAUUGUCGCCUUCGCCCACGUCGCUGUCCACGCGCCUACGGCGUACGUGCGGCCCACGAUGCACCCGCGCGGCACAGGCGACACUAUCCUCAAGGAAGCCCGCCACCCGUGCAUGGAGAUGCAAGAUGACAUCUCCUUCAUCACCAACGACGUCGAACUUCGCCGCGACAGCUCCUCUUUCCUCAUCAUCACGGGCCCGAACAUGGGCGGCAAGAGCACCUAUAUCCGGCAGAUCGGCGUCAUCGCGCUGAUGGCGCAGGUCGGAUGUUUCGUCCCAUGCUCAGAAGCCGAAUUGACGAUCUUUGACUGCAUCCUUGCGCGGGUGGGGGCGAGUGAUAGCCAGCUCAAGGGCGUCAGUACGUUCAUGGCUGAGAUGCUCGAGACGGCGAAUAUCCUCAAGAGCGCAACGAGGGAGAGCUUGAUUGUUAUUGAUGAGUUGGGGAGGGGGACGAGCACGUAUGAUGGGUUUGGGCUCGCGUGGGCGAUCUCGGAACAUAUCGUCAAGGAGAUUGGAGCGUGUGCGCUGUUUGCGACGCAUUUCCAUGAGUUGACGGCGCUGGCCGACAGGUAUCCGCAGGUAAAGAAUUUGCAUGUGGUGGCGCACAUUAGCGGCGAGGACGACGGCGCCAGCAGGAAGAAGGACAGGGAAGUCACGCUCCUGUACAGAGUUGAGCCGGGCGUCUGCGACCAGUCCUUUGGCAUCCAUGUUGCGGAGCUCGUCCGCUUCCCGCAGAAGGUCGUCAAUAUGGCGAAGAGGAAGGCGGAUGAGCUGGAGGACUUCUCGGGGAAGCAUGAGGAAGUGGGACCAGUGCAGGCGAGCAAGGAGGAGGUCGAGGAGGGCAGCGCGGCGCUGAAGGAGGUGUUAGUGAAGUGGAAGAAGGAGACAGAAGGCAAGGGGCUGAGUCGCGAGGAGCAGGCGGAGAGGAUGAGGGAGUUGGUUAGGGCGGAUGAGAGACUGUUGCGAAAUCCGUUCUUCCAGAGCGUGAAGGCGCUGUAA